AUGGAGCAUUUCGACGUCGCCGUUGUCGGACUUGGUGUCCUCGGAAGCGCAGCUUCGUAUCACGCCGCCCUCAAGGGUGCCAAGGUCCUUGGACUGGAACAAUUCGAAUUCGGACACGUCCACGGAGCAUCUCAUGAUACAUCGCGCAUCGUCCGGAAAUCCAACUCUGAGUCGGAAUAUGUGAAGCUUGUCAAGGCUGCCUACAAGGACUGGGCUGAGCUCGAGAAGCUCUCCGGGCAGAAGCUCCUAACCACCACCGGCGGUCUCUUUUUCCUCCCCAAGGACGCUCCGAUUCCAGCCAGUAACUACACACAAGCCCUCACCGCGAACGAUGUCCCUCAUGAGCUUCUUGAUAACAAGGAGGUGAAUAAGCGAUGGCCUCAAUUCAAUGUACCCGAUUCGGUUGAUACUGUUUAUGACCCCGAUACGGGAAUCGUUCAUGCGUCUAAGACGGUUGCGACAAUGCAAUGGGUGGCCAGGUCCAGGGGUGCGGUGCUGAAGGAGAGAACUCGUGUCGAGCGCGUUACACCCAAGUCGUCCGGAAAGGGCGUUGUCAUUCAAACGUCGCAGGGAACUUUCCACGCAAAUAAAGUGAUCCUCACCACGGACGCCUGGACAAACAAGCUGCUCGCUCCUCUCGGCGUACAUAUUCCUCUGCAGAUCAUGCAGGAGCAAGUGACAUACUUCAAGCCCAGCGAACCAGCCGAGUUUGAAUCCCCUCAUUUCCCGACCUGGAUCUGGGGUGGCGCUCCAUGCUUUUAUGGCUUCCCUUGUUAUGGUGAGCCAACUAUUAAGGCCGCCCACGACUUUGCGCAGAAUAUGAUGACUCCCGAGGAGCGUACAUACGUACCCUCGCCCCGAUUACAGGGGGAGUUGACCGAAUUCCUGCAAAGGCUCAUGCCCGACAAGGGCCGUGAGCCGUUGCGCACGGUCACCUGUCAGUAUACUAUCACUCCCGAUCGACGAUUCGUUAUCAGUCCACUGGACAACCACAAAGACGUGAUUGUGGGUCUAGGUGCGGCCCAUGCUUUCAAGUUUGCCCCGGCUUUUGGACGAGUGCUGGCAGAGCUGGCCGUGGAUGGCCAGACAGUGGAGGAUAUCUCAAAGUUCGGCCUACCGAAAACCGCAUCUGCUAACAGCAAGAUUUAA